GACAGGCUAUCGCGGUGGCCUAUCAAACGUUCACCGUCUGCCUCUGCCCAGCAACCAGUUAUUUGCUAUAAUCUCACUCAUCAGCCUCAUUCGACUCGCCUUUGCUACACAAGCAAUUCCCGUGACAUUUGUGCCACCAGCUCCUGCUUGCCCGUGUACUUCUCUUACCGUCUCUACUCACAUAUCACGUUCCCCAUCUGACCAGACAACUACGUGGCCCGAACUGUGGCAUCCCUUCCAAGACAUCCGAAAUGACAGCUAUACCAUCAGAUCUGUCCGACAAACUGGACAUCAUCCUGAACAAGCUCACGGCAUUAGAACAUGGGCAGACAGACCUGCGGCAAAACCACAACUCCUUGGGCUCCACUGUAGAGUCUAUCAACGGCCGUGUGAACGCCUUAGCCGGCGUCAAGCAAGCACAGGAUGGCAUCGCACAUGAUGCUCGGUAUCCAAGCCCUCGCUUAGGUCCAACAAGUCCAAAGCUCAUUCCUCGAAGCCAGCAGAAGCGAGACAGCAUCGGAGGAGGGGAAGAUCGCACAAAGGAUCCCAACGGCACUCCUGCAGAUCAAUUAUCGUCGUCUCCAGGCCCUCGAAGAACGAGCUUAACGACGUCCAAAAUCAUUCUCACCUCGUAUCCCGGCCAAGCUGGCGUUGAUCCAUUGCCGAUGGAAUGGGGUUCACGAGACCCUGCAAAACGUGGUCCAGUAGUAGUCUCACGCAAUCCUUCUACUAUCCGGAAACGUAAUGCUAUUGGAGCUCAUGGAGGUUCAUACAGCAUCUACUAUGCGCUUGCAGUUGCAAGUAAACAAAUGGAUACAGAGCACAAACCAGACUUCACCAAUACUGAGCCAGCUGCAACGAUCGGUCCGUUCCCGACCUGGUAUGACCCCCAAAAAAUCGUGGCAAUGGAUCCCUGGGGACAUCUUGCUCCAUGGCUCUACAACCAUUACAUCAAAGACGACAAUGUCGAGAUCCGGCCCACAAUCGCAGUAACAAAAGCGCACAUGAUCCUACCCGAGCUUGAAGAAAGUGUUCGCAAAGGCCGCCUCGUACCAGAUGGAAAGAUCUGCCUGAAUGCCUCUGGCGAGCUCAGCGUGACAAAGUUCGCCGUGGAGCCGGUCUGGUACCUCCCAGGCGUGGCAGAGCGCUUCGGUAUCGACGAGGGCACGCUCCGCAGGUCCCUGUUUGAGCACACUGGUGGAAGCUACCCUGAGCUGAUUACAAGGAACGACAUCAAGCUGUUUCUCCCUCCAAUCGGUGGCCUGACGGUCUACUGCUUCGGUGACCCAAAGAAGAUGAGCGACCCGAAUGUGAAGCUUGCCCUGCGAGUCCAUGACGAGUGCAAUGGGUCAGACGUGUUUGGCUCAGAUAUUUGCACGUGUCGGCCUUAUCUGAUCUUCGGUAUCGAGGAAGCAGUGAAGGAAGCACAGCAAGGUGGCAGCGGUGUUGUCAUCUAUUUCCGCAAGGAAGGUCGUGCUUUGGGUGAGGUUACGAAAUACCUGGUUUACAAUGCACGGAAACGUGGCUCAGACAAGGCGAGUGAGUACUUCAAGCGCACUGAGAACAUCGCUGGUGUGAAGGACAUGCGUUUCCAGGCGCUGAUGCCGGAUAUUCUGCACUGGCUGGGCAUUACCAAGAUUGACCGCAUGUUGUCGAUGUCUAACAUGAAGCAUGACGCGAUUGUGGAGCAGGGCAUUCCAAUUCACGAAAGAGUACCGAUUCCCGAUGAGAUGAUUCCGGAGGACAGCAGAGUAGAGAUUGAUGCCAAGAUUCAUGCCGGUUACUUCACAACAGGAAAGAUCAUGACAGUUGAAGAACUCGAGAACGUCAAGGGUCGAGCUUGGGAAGAUGUCGAUCAUUGAUCGUGAUUGCUGUUCUGUGCAGCUAUUGCAGCGAUGACAUUCUUGUUAGCAAGAUCAAAGCUGAAACGGUGCCGAUGCUGCAGCUUUGCAGAUCGCUCGUGCGCAAACAUGGAGCACCUGUAUUAUGUGCAGAAGCUGUGGCGGGACCGUAGAUCAAGAUGAAGAGAUCAACGAUGUCCAGAGAGCAGUCUCGAUUCACAGUCCGCAGACGACACGCUGUAGAUCGCUUGCCCUCCACUCUGUACUUCAGCUCUUGAUGUCGGAAAUUCACAUGCUUGUCAACACUUUGUGAUGUACCUCGUACUCAUCCCCAUUUCUCGGAACAUAAAGUACCGAUAACGCAGGAGACG